UUGAUUUUCCACAGUUCUUCACAGCCGCCGCGUCUCCCGUCUCCGUCAGUGCAGAAGGUAACUUAGCUCUCCGCGUAAAGCUCCUGGACACCAGAAGGGCACCGCACAGUUUCCGCUUCUGCUUCUCCGCUCUCUCAAGAUCAGAACUGAUCUAAAAAUUUAUAAAAUAAAAUAAACCUCGAGGGUUUAAUUAAACGGCCGGAAAACAGCAAGUGAUCUUAGGUGUUGUUUAAUUCAUUCGUUCACUGUUAGGCUAUGUAUUUUGGCUCCCAGUAGUUUAUUUUUUUUAACCUACUAGCUUGAACUAAUGCCUCGCACCAGAGACGACGCGAAGAGACGGUUCGUUUUUUUAAAGAGUAAGCAAUGAGUAAAGCAAAUAAAGGAUACAGUGGGAGCUAACUGUGGAUGAUCUUGGAUUUAACAGCUGCUUCCUGUGAAAGCAAAGAUUCUGAAACUUAUGGCGUGAAGGGCCCAUUCUUGGCCUUUGUCACUCACAGCUAAUGGAUGUCUUUACCCAGUAUGCCUACAAUGACAGUUUCUAUGACAAUGGAACAUGGAGCUUCAACGAUACAGACCAAGAGCAGAAGCACCCCUACAACUACUACGCCAUGCUGCUUACUCUGCUCAUCUUCGUCAUCGUCUUCGGCAACGUGCUGGUGUGUAUGGCUGUGUCCAGGGAAAAGGCUCUGCAGACCACCACAAACUACCUGAUCGUCAGCCUGGCUGUCGCUGACCUUCUGGUGGCCACACUUGUCAUGCCCUGGGUUGUCUACUUAGAGGUGGUGGGAGAGUGGCGCUUUAGCAAGAUCCACUGUGACAUCUUUGUCACUCUGGAUGUGAUGAUGUGUACAGCCAGCAUCCUCAAUCUCUGUGCCAUCAGCAUUGAUCGCUACACAGCAGUUGCAAUGCCAAUGCUGUACAAUACCCGCUACAGUUCCAGGAGACGGGUCACGGUGAUGAUCUCUGUGGUUUGGGUACUGUCUUUCGCCAUAUCCUGUCCCCUGUUGUUUGGCCUAAAUAACACAGCUACUCGUGAUGAGUCUCUCUGUGUGAUCGCCAAUCCAGCCUUUGUGGUGUACUCUUCCAUUGUGUCCUUUUAUGUACCCUUCAUCAUCACUCUGCUCGUUUAUGUCCAAAUUUAUGUGGUCCUGAGGAAGCGCAGAAAACGCGUCAACACAAAACCAAAGCAGCUUGUCUCUCAGGCUGCGGACCCUGAUAUGGCCACCUCACUAAAGGAUAAGUGCACUCAUCCAGAGGAUGUGAGGCUGUGCACCAUGAUUGUUAAAACUAAUGGGAGUUUUCCUGUCAACAAGAAGAAAGUGAUAUUCAUCAAAGAUGUGGUUAAUGAGGGAGAAGAUCUGGAGCUGGAUGAGCUGAAUAACAGUGGAAGCAGUGUGAAGCAGAAGCAGCAGAUACAAGGUGCUCUUGGAGACACUCCAGCCACAAGCCAUCAGCUAUUGAUGCCCAACAAGGCCAGCGCUAGCCCCAUCUCAACACCCCCCACACCCCACAAGGAGGGCCAGAAAGCAGAAAAGAACGGCGAUCCUGCCAAGGAGACCUUAGGCGAUCCGGCACCCAUCGUAGCCAAAGCCUUCCAGACACAGGCCUUACCUAAUGGCAAGACUCAGACUUCUGUGAAAACCAUGAGCAAGAGAAAGAUCUCCCAGCAAAAGGAAAAGAAGGCUACCCAGAUGUUAGCCAUCGUCCUUGGUGUAUUCAUUAUAUGCUGGCUGCCGUUUUUCAUCACACAUAUCUUGAAUACCCACUGCACCAAAUGCAAGGUUCCUGCCGAGAUGUAUAACGCUUUCACCUGGCUGGGCUAUGUGAAUAGUGCUGUAAAUCCCAUCAUAUACACCACCUUUAAUGUUGAGUUCAGAAAGGCAUUCAUUAAGAUCUUGCACUGCUGAGCUGCAACAUCACUUAUCUGAUCAGACUGAAGGAGAGGUGAUGAAUGAAAGCAUAUCCUGUGACAAAUACCUCAUCCUCUUAAGGAAAAUACAUCACGUGGGGAAACUGCGAUCUGUUCAUUUAAAGUUAGUUAAGUGACUGAAAAAAAAACAAACUGGCUUUGGCUUUGUCUUCUUGAAAGGCGUCUUGGAUCUAUAUGUUAAAUUUCGUGUGGAGUCCCGUUCUCCAAAUCACUGAAUGUAAAACAAGAAAUGUCUGUAACGAUGACCUGUUUUAUGGAGAGAGAAAAAAAAUGACAUUGUUCUCUGACAUCAUUGUGCUUGUCAUGUAAGGAGCCAUCUGUGUAUACCACACACAUGCAAACUGCUAUUUAUUGUAUGUGUACUUUAUGUUUUAAUCAUAGAUGUUUUUUGCAAAUCUUAAAGAUAUCAAGUCAGUGUUCAUUGCAGUGUUAAAAUUGAAAACAAUUCACUGAUUAGAUUCACUGAUUGUCUGAAAGACACGGUAUAAUUUACUUGCUGUAUGAUGCAGCCAUGCCAAUAUCUGCAAUUUAGCAAUUUUAUAAAUAAAUAUCUAUUAUAAUUACUAAUGCUAUUAUUAUUAUUAUUAUUUGCUGUACAUAGUUUUUCUUAAUGCAUUUAUUGUGAUUAUAUGACCGCAAUAGAAAUGUGAUGCAUGCUACACUGCUCCUCUACUUGAAAUGCAUGUUUAACAAUAAAUUGCAAAAGAUCUCCAAUAAAUGAAGUUAAGAUA